AAAAAGAAACCCCCAUUUUCUUAGAAUAAGAUAAUUUUUGUGCGCUAUACGUGUAUUAUCAAAUUAUAGUUAUAAUCUUAUUUCUUUUUGUAGUGCGUUUCCUUUACAAUAAAAUUUUAAUAAAUCCAGUUCUUUUCCUGUUUUUAUAAAAUCAUUACAUUAUGGAACAUCAUAUCAGACCACCACAACCUUUGAGUAAUAAUUUGCCCAAGACUUGGUUUAUUUGGAAAGAAGAAUUUCUUAUUUUUAUGAGAUUGCUUGGACAUAUGUCUCGCCCAGAAAAUUACAAAGCAAAUCUUUUUAAAAAUUUUAUAGGACCAAUAGGACUAGAAAUAAUAACAAAGUUAACAUUUAAUCACCCAAAUGAUAAAGAAAAUUUGGAUAUACUAUUGAAAAAAAUAGAUGAAUACCAUAACCCUCCAAAAAAGAUUAUAGAGACACGAUAUACAUUUUUUAAUAGCUUUAUGAAAACCGGUGAAACAAUAGAAAAUUAUAUCCAAACUUUAAGGGAGAAAGCAAAAGAUUGUAAGUUUAAUGAUUUAGCAGAAAGUUUAGUAAUAGAUGUUAUCGUUCUUCAUACUAAUGAUAAACUAUUGCGUAAGAAAUAUUUGCAAGAAGACAAUCUUAAUUGUGACAAAAUUAUAGAAAUUUAUAAAAAUCAUAAAAUUGCAUCAUUGGAAGCUAAAUAUACAAAUCCUACAGUUCCACUUAAAGAAAAAGAUAAAUUAACUACAGUUCCCGAAAGAACACAACCUAAUGUCCAACAAAAGAAAUCUUGUUGGAGAUGUAAAACUAUUCACGAAGCAAAACAAUGUCCAGCGUGGAAUUAUAAAUGUAAAAAUUGUGGUAAAAUGCAUCAUUUUGAGGUAUCUUGUCAAAAUGUCUCAGCAGAAGAGAAUAAACCGUGCAUUAAAUAUAUGAAUAAUUUUUCUAAAAAAGGAAAAUCAUUGAACUGUAAUAAAAUAGUCAACAAUCUAUCUAAAUAAUAUUUUAUAAAAUAAAGUAUUUCAAUACGCAGUAAUUUUAAAAAAGAAUUUUGCAAUUAUAUACUAAAUAAUAUAUAACAUUUUAAUACGAAGAAUAUAUUAUUACUUAAUAUAAUUAUUAUGUUGGUUUAAUCUGUAUUUGAAUAUAUGUGAUAGUAAAUAAAGGUAUAGGUUAUAUAAAAAAAUAUUUUUUAUAAUCAAUAUACAAUAAUUAUUGAUAUAUUAUGCAUUGUAGCAGACAUUAAACAAAUAACAUUUUAAUCAAAUAUAAUAUAAAGUAACUUUAAUAUUGGUCCCUAAAUAAAAGCCCUCUUUAAUAAAGAGCACUAUUAAAAUGAAAUGGCACUAUCUACAUUUGUAUUAAUAUGUUAAACGCAUUAAAUGAUGUCACUGUAACAAAUUGAAUGAAAUAAACAUUUUUAAAUUUGAA